UUCAACAAGUACCCAGUCCGCGGUCAGCAACAAAAUUGAAGAGGAAGACUUCUACGAGACGACCAUAAGACAAACAGGCUGCUCUCGAGAAAACGAAGAAUUGCAGCUCUGUUUUGCAGACAAACGGGAUUGGAGAUUAUGUCGAGAAGAAUUGGAGAAAUUCAGAGAAUGCUGGAAAAAGCAUAAAAAUGACGUUCGCGUUGAACAAAAGUCUGUCGCUUGA